GUAGUACUAAAAAAUAGGCCCUCCGUGACAGUCGACAUGAGUGGAGGUUAUGAACAUUCUGGACUGUUCAAGCAACAUUCAUUCUGAUUUCAUACGUUUACGAACUGUAAAAGUAGUAUUAAAUACAUAUUCUGUAAAACGUAUUGUCAAGCGAUUUACCAACUCACGUAAAUAUUAUAAUUUAAAAUGGCGAAGUGGGGUGAAGGCGAUCCGCGUUGGAUUGUGGAGGAACGUCCCGAUGCUACUAAUGUUAAUAAUUGGCACUGGACAGAAAAGAAUGCGACAACUUGGUCGAAAGAAAGAUUUCACCAACUAUUUAAGAAUGUUAAGAUUUGCGGUGAAAACGUCGAUUGCACCAUAGAAUGUCUUGAGAAGUGUAGUGGCGAGGCUACCGCAAAUAAUCGCAAAGGGAAAUUGAUCUUCUUCUAUGAAUGGGUGUUAACCCUCAAUUGGAACGGGAAACUUGAUAGUAAAUCUAAUGUUUGCCACAAGGGAAAAAUUUUGAUACCAAAUCUCUCCGAAGAAAACGAAUUACAUGAUGUUGAAAUUACUGUUACAAUUGAUGAGUCAAAUGAGGAAUCUGAGGCCUUAAAACAAUAUAUGUACAAUUAUGGUCGCGAAAAAGUUAGGCAAAUACUUUGUGUGUAUAUCAAGGAACUUAAGGAAGAAUAUUCCAAAAAUUUAAUAUUGCCCAAUAAAAAUUCGACGAAAGACGAAAAUAUUGCCGCAGCUACUUCAAAAAAUGACAACAACUACGUUUAUUGUUCAAAGUCGCUUAAUUCGGCUCCUAAUUCCCUUGGAUGCAAAUUAGAUGUUCGCACGCUUUCUAUAGAAGAAGAAUUUCAAUGCAGCGCUAAUGACCUGUACAAUGUUUUAACAAAAUCAGAUAUGGUUAUGUCUUUUACAAGAUCGCCAGCUAAAGUUGAAGCAGUACGAGGAGGAGAGUUUCAACUGUAUGGCGGAAAUGUUCACGGUAUUUUUGACGAACUCCAACCUGAAAAAAAAUUAACACUUAGAUGGCGUUUGAAAUCUUGGCCUUCAGGACAUUUCUCAAACGUUUCAAUAGAAUUUAAUGAAUUGAUACCCCGUUACCUGUUUUACCGUCAUCCAUACUUCUGCUUCCAGUCGCAAUACUCACACCAGCACAUAUCUCACCACUCACACAACUAGCAACAUUGCCUUCCACCCUGCAAACAUAUUCUAUCCCAGAAGUCACUGAAACAUGACGUGUAGGAUUUAAGCUUCAAAGCCGGGAUAAUGUUUUCGUCGCAAAAGUUACUUCAGUCGGGAGAAACUGUUCCCUGCCUGAGACAGUUUUUUGGCGUUACCUAAGAGACAUUUCAUAAAGUAUCUUUGUAGUGACUCAAGGAAGCAAUCACAAAGGAUCCUACUAAGAGUGCCCCACAAGAGACGCCAAGUAU